GUCGAACAAAAACGCGGAAACAAAAGAAAUAAUCAGUUUGUCAAAACAAACAACACCGAGUCGGCAUAAAGUGAGCGUAGUCGUCGCUGACAGCUGUCAAAGUUCACACCGCAGCUUCGUUUAACCCGUCUGGAGGAUUUGCCAUGGCUUUGAAACGAAUAAAGAAGGAGUUACAAGACUUAGGGAAGGACCCUCCAGCUCAGUGUUCAGCCGGACCUGUAGGGGAUGACUUGUUUCACUGGCAAGCUUCCAUCAUGGGACCGCCCGACAGCCCAUAUCACGGAGGAGUAUUUUUCCUUUCUGUCCAUUUUCCAAUGGACUAUCCCUUUAAACCACCAAAGAUUUCCUUUACAACGAAAAUCUAUCACCCAAACAUCAACAGCAAUGGUAGCAUCUGCCUUGACAUCUUGAGGUCACAGUGGUCGCCUGCUCUUACAGUAUCGAAAGUUUUAUUAUCCAUUUGCUCCUUGCUAUGUGACCCAAAUCCAGAUGAUCCACUAGUCCCUGACAUUGCACACAUCUACAAAACAGACAAACAAAAGUACAACAAAGCAGCCAAAGACUGGACUCAGAAGUAUGCAAUGUGAGGGGCUGGACUUUCUGCAACAAUGACGCAUCCCUGAACACCUCAAAUUAUGACAGUACUGUUUCAACUGCUCAUCCACACUGGUUCUUGUUGAGGUGUUUUACUCGCUUGAGGCACUUUCUCUACUUGGACUUUACUUGACUUCACUGUUUUUACUGUUUAUUUUAUUUUCCCCUUUAAAUUGGCGUCAUUAUUAUUAAUAUUGGUUGUGGUGAGAUGGCCUGAUGAUACUUUUCUUUUAAGAGAUUUAUAUUGUACAAGACCAUACUGGAUUUAUUUUUCAUCGUUUUGCAUUAAAGACAUUAAUCAGUAAGUG